AUGACUAGUAAUGGAAAUUUAAAAAGAAGUCGUGAAAUAUCCACGUCAAAUAGUACGAAUGAAUUCGAUAACAUUUCUGAGGAUGAUGAAUCGAAUUCUGAUACAGAUUAUCAUAUUUCUGGAAUCGAAUCCGAUGAUACAUCCACUGAUGAAUUUAUUUCUCAGAACGAAGAUUCAUCUGAUUCUUAUGCGAGUGAUGAUGAUUUAUCUGAUUCUCAUGUCAAUGAUCAUAAUGAUAUGUUCAAACAUGCUCAACCUGAUUUUAUUGAAAAAAAUGGUGUUUCAUGGUCGAGUCAAAAGACUCAAGCUGCUGGUCGCCUACGUACAAUGAAUAUACUUAAAAGAAAAUCUGGUUCUAUUACUUCAAUUCAGACUAUUGUAGAUGCAUUUAGAUUGUUUAUUACUGAAGAUAUUCUGAAUGAAAUUGUUAUGCAAACAAAUAAAUAUGCAAAAAGAUUUAUUGAUCAAGAAAAUCAAAGACGAUUGAAUAAUAGAAAUAAUCAUAAACAACCGGUAAAAUGGAAACAGCUUGAUUACAUCGAAUUAGAAGCAUUUCUCGGCUUAUUGAUUCAAGCUGGAGCUGAAUUUAGUCAUCAUCAGUCACUUGUAGAACUAUGGGAUAUUAGUAGAAGUCGACCAAUAUAUCAUGCAACAAUGUCAUUGGAACGAUUCAAAAAUCUUUUACGAUUUCUUAGAUUUGAUGAUCGUCAACGACGUGCUAAAUCUGAUCGACUUGCUUCUAUUCGAUAUGUAUUUCAAUCAUUUACUAAACAACUUCCUCGACAUUUUAUUCCAAGUGAAAAUAUCACAGUCGAUGAACAAUUAGUACCAUUUCGAGGUAGAUGUUGUUUUGCACAGUAUAUGCCAAAGAAAUUUGCUAAAUAUGGCCUUAAAUUCUGGACAUUAUGUGAUGUCAAAAGUAGAUAUGUUUUAGCAUUAGAAUUAUACACAGAAAAAGUUGGCAAUACUGUUUAA